AUGUCGUCGUCCUCGUCUCGCCCUCCGACGACGCCGAGGGGCGGUGCAGCGGCGGCUGCGGGAUGCGCAGACCCGAACACAACGUUCGUGCAGGCCGACCCGGCAACCUUCCGCGCACUCGUGCAGAGGCUGACUGGCGCGCCUGGGGGAGCGCCGGCGGCGUCGGUCGAGAAGCAGCAGGUUUCUGGCACUAUCUUCCCGGCGGUGCCGCUGCCUUUGAGGCGGCCGAAGCUGCAGGAGAGGCGGCGCGCGGCGCCGGCCAGGCUGGAGCUCGCGCGGCCGCAGCCGUUCUACUACCACCCUCAUCAUCACAACCACCACCACCACCACCACCACCACGGCAUCAUGCAGUACUCCCCGGUGUCGACCAUGGACUACGCCCACGCCCUGGCGGCCUCCUCCUCCGCCUCUUCGCCGUCACCAUCGCCGCACUCGUCGUGCUCCUGCGGGGUAGUCAUAAGCAAGGAGGAGGAGGAGAGGGAGGAGAAGGCCAUCGCCUCCAAGGCCUUCUACCUGCACUCCUCGCCCAGGAGCUCCGCGGUCGCCGGAGGCGACUCCGAGAGGCCCAAGCUGCUGCCGCUGUUCCCCGUCCACUCCCCACGGAGCUCCUCCUUCGCCUAGCUUAGCGAAUAAUUAGCCGUUACUUACAUCUCUAGCUAGCCAGUCAACCUCCAUUAAUCCCCACGAUAUGCUACGUUUAAUCC